GAGAGAGAGAGAGAGAGAGAGAGAAACCACAUCCAGUGUUCACUGUUUGGACAGUCCUGUGUCCAGUGCUUCACCUGAAAAGGAAGUGAGCAGAACAGAGGAAAGGGAAGAGAAGUUACAUGUGGACAACCGACUACCAAGAUGAAUGUAGGCCGUAAGCACAUCUAAAGUCAGAACAAAGAUGACACUUCAGUGAAGCACAUCUAACUUUGUGGACCUUUCUGUGGAGAGAGGCUUACAUGGAAUUCGGAGAAAGAUGGGAAUACAAAAACAAAAAGGAAUGAUGAGUUCAAAGGUCCAGGCUAAUACAGUUGAAGUUUUAUAUCUUUUUCAGACCAUUAAGCACCUAAUGGAUGCAGAAAAGGUAAAAGGAUUCUGCCAGCUGGUGGUGGCUGCCAAGCUGAAAGAGGGUAUUUCCCACCUCAUCCAGUCCUGUGGCCUCGGGGGCAUGAAGCACAACACCGUGGUGAUGGGCUGGCCCAAUGGUUGGCGUCAGAGUGAAGAUGCUCGAGCUUGGAAGACUUUCAUUGGCACAGUUCGAGUGACAACUGCCGCCCAUCUCGCCCUGCUGGUGGCUAAAAACGUCUCCUUCUUUCCCAGCAAUGUGGAACAAUUUUCUGAGGGCAACAUUGAUGUGUGGUGGAUUGUGCAUGACGGGGGCAUGCUCAUGCUAUUACCCUUCCUCCUGAAACAGCACAAGGUAUGGAGAAAAUGCAGCAUAAGGAUCUUCACAGUGGCCCAGCUCGAAGACAACAGUAUCCAGAUGAAGAAGGACCUGGCUACCUUCCUGUACCAUCUACGCAUUGAGGCAGAAGUGGAAGUGGUGGAGAUGCAUGACAGUGACAUAUCUGCCUAUACGUACGAGCGCACCCUGAUGAUGGAGCAGAGGUCCCAGAUGCUGCGGCACAUGCGCCUCUCCAAGACAGAGCGCGACAGAGAGGCACAGCUGGUGAAAGAUCGAAACUCAAUGCUACGCUUAACUAGCAUCGGUUCUGAUGAGGAUGAAGAGACAGAAACGUACCAGGAGAAGGUACACAUGACUUGGACCAAGGAUAAAUACUUGGCAUCCCGGGGGCAAAAGGUCAAGUCAAUGGAAGGAUUCCAGGACCUGCUUAAUAUGCGUCCGGACCACUCCAAUGUGAGACGGAUGCAUACAGCAGUGAAGCUUAAUGAAGUCAUAGUUAACAAGUCCCACGAAGCAAAACUGGUUUUGUUGAAUAUGCCAGGACCACCCCGAAACCCUGAAGGUGAUGAAAACUACAUGGAAUUCCUAGAAGUACUCACCGAGGGAUUAGAGCGAGUCCUCCUUGUCCGGGGUGGUGGCAGUGAAGUAAUCACCAUUUACUCAUAAUCAGCUUGUGGAAGAUUCUGCUUGGUCUUAACUCCCCUAAAAGACUCAUCGUCCACAGAGAUGACAGCUCUUUCCUACCACUCCCACUCGAUUCUUGCGGAGCUGAGCCCCAAUUAUGCUCUUGGCUGCAACAUGAUCUGCCAUCCCAGCAGAAGUAACUAUUCCCUCAACAUCAGAAUGGUCAAGUCCUAAAAGCUAUUUCUGUGGCAGGAGAAGGCAAGUCAAAAUUAACAAGCUAAGCCAAAGGGAACCUUUGUCACUGCUGAAGGUAGUGAGUUAGUAAAACGUAUGCUAGAAAUUUAAGUAAAAAUGAAAGACAAGUUACUAUCUGACAUUCAGGAUGAGUCUCAGAAGCACAGUUCAAUGAUGGUGCCAGAGAGGUAACAGCCAGUCAGCCUCACCUUAGUAAAAAAAAAAGAGCAGCCAAGUAAAUGUUACCAUUGUGGAGAUAGGAUACUAAUAUACAAAAACCUGAAACAUAGCUGCAGCCUCCACUUAUUCAAAAGUCUGAUUCCCCCAGAUACUAAGUUUUAUUGUCUGUACUGUGCCACUAUAUUUCAAUGGUCUUUCUUUAAAAACCCAUUCUGUGGUUAUAAUGUAGACAGUGUUACCGUGGAAAAUGUUUUUUGAAAGGUGAAAUGUUUUUCAGGUUCUCUAAAGGCUGGGCUAACAGGAUUCCAGAGAAGACUAUUAAAAUGUGCAGAAACAGAGCCUGUGGUUAGCUCUGCAGCACAAAGCACACAAGGUAUUAUCUGAGAAAUGUAGGUUGUUAUGCAGCAUAACCAGGAGGGUCUCUUCUUCUAUCCUUAGUAGGCACUGAUUUAAACAAACAAAAGUUGUAAGAGACACUAGGACAGUGUAUUGCCACCUCCGAGGGCUCCCGCCUUUAGAGGGGUUCAGUAGAGGAACUGGGCAUGUGAGAGCCAUACCCUUCACACGGUGCCAAAAUCAUCUGUCUAAAGUGGCAGACAGGUUUGCAUUGGCCUGACGUUAGCAGCUUUUCUUUCACAAGAAAUCAAUCUGUGGCCUCUUCACCAAAGCCAUAGUGAAGACUUGAGGCACUCGCCUCCAUGCCCAGAGCUGAGCUUUCCUCGUCAAUGUUAUUCUGACUCCAGAAACUUGGCUCUGAACCAAGUGCUUCCCUGAGCCAAUGAUCUGCUGUCAAGUUUCGUUUUCAAAAAGCUUUAAAUGUGCCAAGGAAAUACUUGUGUAAGGUCAGCUUUUCUAAUUUAUUGGUCAUGAAAACCUAGCUUACCAGCAUAGGAAGUCUUUGUGGCUAAGCAGAAUUCCAAGUAUGUGAAACCUUCAUAUUCUUCACAAGAUAGUUAAGAAACUGUCUUCUUGCUUACAUACAUGGCUGCUUUUAAAUUCCCAUUUAUUUAUGGUAAAUUGUGCUGUGCUACAUACCCUAUAGGACAUGGAACACCCGGAAUUCAACCCCAGAGACAGAAGAAAACCCUCAAACAUGGUUUAAGAAGCUGAGUAUAGGAUUUGUUCUUCAUCCCCCAGGUCCACUCAAGGUAGCAGAGAGGAUCCAGAAUCUUUUCCUGCUCCUCCCUGCAUCGGGUAGAAGAGACUGUUUACAGUUCCCUUUCCAACACUCCAUUGCAUAGUUGAGUUUAGUCCCCUAGGCUCCAAGGUGUUAAACACCCAUUCUGUAAAAGCCAGCCUGUCCAGGAACUGCCUGACACAUCUACCCCUGACCAUAAUACCACCUUUUCCCAUAAAAAACAAAUAUGGGCAGAGAAUAAAGUUAACGUUAAGAAAGGCUGUUUGUGGUUAGAGCUAUAUAAGAAUCUUUUAAAGGGUAAGAGAGUUAGCUAUUAAUAUAGCUAUUACUUCAGUCCCUAAAACAUAAAAAUCACUGUUACAUGGAAAAAUGGUUAUUAGGCCAGAUUUAUACUCAUCUCUGUCUAGAGCAUUUCAUGUCUAUGUGUUGCUUAUGUUGUCUGUCUGCAAAGUGUUUUUUAUCUUUUAAUCACUGCAAAUAAAGCAAUACUGAAAACUUGAGAGAAAAUGCACCUUAAGGGAAGGGGCCAACUGUUUCUAGAGGGAAGAGAAAGAUCUUCUCCUGCCUUCUUAUAAGACCCAGCUUUUGUGUCUUACCUAUGAGUUUAGCAGGGCAGGUUGUAACAUUCACUCUCCCCCAACUGGCCCUCAGCCUUUCAUAGCUGUCUUAAAAGCUGGAGUUUGAACUGCAGGCCUGCUUGACAGGUGCCAGCUUCCUCAUGGCAGAGGAAAAGUCACUGCUCUUCAUCUUCUGUUGCCUCCUAUUCUUGUGGCCCCAAGGAUCCCUCCAAUCCUCAUUCCCCCUAAAUGUUAAAAAAAACUUAUUGUGGAUAUUAAAAUAAGUUACACUGUAAGUAUAUUUACAUGCUCUUUUCUUCUGGUUUAUUUUUCUUUUCAUCAUGUAUAAUUUGAAUCCAGCAUUAGUUUUCACAUCUUGCAAAAAAUGUCUGAUAUAGAAUUUUUGUCUCUGCUUAUGCGACAUAGAAGUGAAAUAUUAACAGAUUUAAGGGGAACUUGAGAAACUUUUAAAGCAUUGUUCUCGACUGUUUAAUUUAUUGAAAGAAGAUGCUGCUACUCAGCAGCUGCUAUUCUUUUGUUUACAUAGAGUCUGGUUUUGUUUUGCUCUGUGCUGGGAACAUAAAUAAAGUUUUCUACAUUAUUUUCAGUCAGAA